AUGGCGCCAGUUGACGAGGAAGUUGACGGAUUCGUUCUUAUAUCACAUGGCGAUGGCGCUAUCAAAGAUGGCCGUCUAAUUGAUGCGGGUCCCAGCAACGUGCUGUCGGAACUGCGGUACCUCAAUGAUAUCAGUGAGGCGGUGGACAGUCUCGAUGAGGUCUUUUGGCCAAUAAACAAAAAGAUCCACGACAACCCAGAACGAGGAUUCAAGGAAUUCAUCGCCCACGAUGCCUUAACCGGCUUCAUGAAAUCCCAGAGUGGCUGGGUUGUUACGCCAUCUGCCUACGGUAUGGACACAGCCUGGGUCGCAGUCUAUGACACAGGAAAACGUGGUCCUGUCGUAUCCUUCAAUGCAGAGAUGGAUUGUCUCCCAGGCAUCGGCCAUGCAUGCGGCCAUAAUCUCAUAGCCACAGCCUCGGUCCUUGGCGCUGUUGCGACUGCUCGCGUUAUGGAGCUACACCGAGCGCCCGGAAAGGUUGUCUUGUUUGGCACACCAGCAGAAGAAGGCGGCGGAGGCAAAAUCAAGCUUCUCAAUGCUGGAGCCUACUCUGACCACAAGGUCGAUGUGAGCCUGAUAUCGCAUCCCGGCAUCACCCCAAACGCGGCUUUGAUGCGAACGACAUCGUAUCUGCAGUUCAAGGUUGAGUACUUUGGUCGAGAGGCUCAUGCUGCGGCGAAUCCAUGGCUUGGGAUCAAUGCUUUAGACGCGCUGAUUGCAGGAUACAACAACGUCUCAGCACUUCGACAGCAGAUCAUGCCUGAAGACAGAGUUCAAGGGUACAUCACUGAUGGUGGAAUUGCUCCUAAUAUCAUCCAUGCCUACGCUGCAGGCCUGUUUGUUGUCAGAUCCGACACGCAGAAGCGUCUUGAUGAACUCAAAGAGAAAGUAUACGACUGCUUCAAGGCUGGAGCUCUAGCAACGGGAGCCAAAGUGACCAUUACCGAAAAAUGGGGAUACAAAAACCACAUGCCCAACCGUACAAUGGCACAAUCAUAUACACGAUACUUUAAUGCGCUCAAUCCUCCGGGCGAGAUUGCAGAGGAUCAGGAUAUUGAUGAAACGCGAGGCAAGACACAGGCAAGUACAGAUCAGGGCGAUAUCAGCCACGCGAUGCCGAGUCUGAGCCCGGCGUUCCGCCUGCAGCCUGGACCAAAAGGUCAAGGCCCGCAUAAUCCGGAAUUUGCUGAGGCUGCUGGGACACGAGAUGCUUAUGCGAGGACGCUGAGAGUGGCUAAAGGGCUGGCUGGAGUUGCAUUGGAUGUUUUGUUGACAGAGGGGCUUCUUGAUGAGGUUAAGAGAGACUGGGAGAGCAUGAUUGCAGUAGAACGCAACUUAUGA